AUAGACCAAUAUUUUCCAUAGGAACCAUCAUGGCAAAGGCAGACGAACAAAAGUUGCUAGCCUUUCCAAGUUGGUUAGAUGAGCAUAUGUUUAUAGAAUUCCUGCAACGUGACUUUAAAGACUACAAAGCCAUCAAAAAUUUUGAGGUGGUGCAAACAAGUGGCGAGGGCGAAAACUUUACAUGUUUGGUAGUGCGUGUGAAGAUUAUCGUGGAGUUGAAUGACGGAAGCCAAACAUCAACUUCAUACAUAGGUAAAUUGUUGCCCACCACUUCAAGCACACGAGAUAUGAUUGCCAGCUGGAAGAUCUUUGAUAAGGAGAAGCUAACCUAUAGCAGCUAUAUACCCGAGUUUGAGCAAAUGUUCAUGAAAAAGAACAAAGAGUUAUCAUUUGGUCCCAGAUACUAUCAGCCAACGAAUCCCGCCAGUGCCGAGUUGAUCAUCUUGGAAGAUUUGGGAAAUCGAAGUUUUAAGAAUGUGAAUCGCCAGAUGGGCUUCGAUAUGGCGCAUACUAGAGCGGCUCUCGAUAAAUUGGCUCAGUUUCAUGCAGCAUCUGCAGUUCGCUUUGAAGUGAGAGGCGCCUAUCCGGAAAUGUACGAUCGAAAUCUUUGCAGUGAGGAGGACAAGUUCAAGGAAUUCCGUGAGACGCAAGCAAACUCUCUGAUCAAAGCGCUGCCACUGUACAACGCUGCUUAUAUGGAGAGUGAAUUGCAAACCUAUACUUCCAACGCACCAGAUAUGUUCCAGGCCCGUGCGCCCAAGUUUGAGGACGAGUUCUGUUGCCUCAAUCAUGGCGACUUGCAUUGCAAUAACAUCAUGUUCCAAUAUGACGAACAUGGAGAAAUUACAGAAACAUACUUUAUCGAUCUGCAAAUGAGUCGAUAUUGCUCCCCCGCACAGGAUUUGAUCUACGUUUUGCUCUCUUCGGUUUCAUUUGAGCUUAAGCUCUCGAAAUUUGACUACUUCGUUUUUUACUAUCACAGCAAACUAGUUGAAUACCUCAAACUUUUGGAUUACACCCAGCCAAUGCCAACACUGACGGCACUGCACAUUGCAAUCUUAAAUCAUGGCGAUUGGGUUUACCCUGUUAUAUCACUUCUGCUGCCUCUCCUGCUCAUCGAUCCCAGCGAAAAGGCGAACAUGGAUACAAUGAUGGACCAGGAGAGCGAAGGCGAUCAACUGAGGACGACCAUGUUUGGACAUCGCACUGUGGUACAGGAAUACAAACAGCUGCUGCCAUGGGCACACAAUCGCGGCCUAUUUGUGUACAAGACUGGAAAUUAAAUUAGAGGCAACUGUGAUAUCUAAUUCUAGAUAAAUGUACAAAUUUGGGAGAUAUAUAUCAAAGAAGAAGAUAAAAAUUAAAU